AUUCUCUACGCUAACACCACACCCUCACGACUUCUAAACAUAAAACAGCCAGCAUGGAGUAUGACGGUUACAAUUCACUAAAAGUGGAAGCGUUUCGAAGUAGAGCUGUUUUUGUGCCAACUUUGCCGGUGUCCUGUCCAAACGUAAACGACGGUCGAAUUGUUGCCAUUUUACUGCGAGAUUUGACGAGGGCGGGUCUACGCUGCCAGUGAGUGCUACAGGGAUACCAAGAUGGAAAUCCAGGGGCUUUGUGAUGCCUAUAACUUUCACUCGCAACAUGGCGCUCCACACGCAGACACGGCGUCGGGGCCACUUUGUGUAUCAAUCUAUCGUUUGCAAUCCGCACAAGAUGAAGCGGAUCUCCAAUUGGAACCGUCUGAAUUUGAAAUCAACAACGACGACGACACACCAAGGGCAUCUCCGCUUCGCCUACUGGCGGAAAAUGGUAGCGAGGUGGAUUUUUCGCCAGUCAACAAGCUGCGCCUCGGCGACGAAAACAACAUACACAACAGGCUACUUUGCAACGUGAGCACAGAGGAAGACGGCAAGAACCGGGGCAUCGUGAGUACGUCGACUUUGGUCAUUUCUGCUCGGAGAGCCGCCCAAGUCGAGGACGCGGAUUCGACAUUGCAAAUGGCGCCGCCGCUUCCACCCCAAGGGGAAGAGGAACUCGAGCAGGAGGAGCAGCAGCAGGAGCAGCAGCAGCAGCAGCAACAGCAGCAGCAGCAGCAGCAGCAGCAGCUAACGUUACCAUUUCCAGUUUUGCGGCAUCAGCGUGGCAACGGAGCCUCCAAGCAGCCGUCACUGACAAGCCACAACCUCCCCGGGCUGGAUAGAAUCGCAUCGAAGGAGAGCAACAACAACGCCCAAGAGCUCUAUUUAGUUUUUAACGUUUAUCAAGAUGAUUGGAACGGUGAGAGGGACAGACAUCGACUAGGCUCCUCGUCUAAAAUGUGGGACAACAUGAAAAGGCUAGGAUUGGAGUGCCCGAAAGCUACUCCCGUGGAGUUCGCAAACGCUAGUCAUGGGCUUCUUUGCUCUUCCACCCAACAUCCGGAUGGGUCCGAUUCUACACAAGUUGAGGAUCAUCUGACCAACGGCUCUUUAACAACCAAGGUCGGUACUAAAGCAACAGACGAUUACCACACAGUGGAAGACGUUGUUUUGACCAACAAAUAUGGCGAGAAAUUAUGCGGUCAGCUGUGUACCGAAAACGGUGAAGGAAAGGCGUUGCGCGACUUUUCCUUUCAGGCUCGUAAUGACGCUUUCAUUUCCACAAGUUCGGACAUUGUGGAAACCACCAAGGCCUCGCAGUUAAUUUUGGAUGACGUUGCCAAUUCUGCCGCUCUCUCCUCAAAUCCCGAUUCCAACGGAACCUUUUCUGGAACCAUUAUGAUCAACAAUCAGACCAUCGUGGUGAGCAUCGAGAACGGAACGUUGACUCUAGCUGCCCCGUCUGACGGAUAUGUUCACAAAGAGGACGAUUUGGUCAGCUUGAAGGAGCAUUUAGGAAUGAAAGGUCACGAAGAUAUUGUUCUUCUCAACUACGACGGUGGCACCAAAGCAAUUGGGAAGAUCAGUACGACGUUGGCAGUUUCCAGCCACCAGGAAGAGGGCAGGCCAGGCUUGUCCAUAGGUGACUCUGUGACUAUGGGCAACAUAGCGUCUUCCCCCACCUCGAGUGCCGCUCUUCACUCCAGCUCUGUUGUCAAGCAGGAGGCCGCCCAAGUCUUGCGUGAAGAAGAAACCCAAAGCCAUUUGGUUAGCAUCACAAACAAAGACUCGAAAUGCGGCAGCGGUGGAGUCCUUUUCCGGAGCAGCAGAGCCAUGGCUGUUUCUUUUGCCUGCCCGCAAACGGGAUGCUCGUGUACGUUUGACACGCGGCAAAAACUGAAGGUUCACCUCCUCAACCACGCCGAAGACCCACGGCCCUACCGAUGCACGGCGGAAGGCUGCGGCUGGGCUUUUGCCACGUCCUACAAACUCAAGCGCCAUCUUCAGUCCCAUAACAAGCAACGGCCGCAUACGUGUCACUUUGAAGGCUGCGGCCGCUGCUUCACCACCGUCUACAACCUUAAGGCUCAUACCAAAGUCCACGAGCAGGACGACGCCUUCGUCUGCGAGAUCUGCAACGAGAGGUUUCGCAGCGCCGCGCGUCUCGGCAAUCACCAGAGGGUCCACUUUGAGCCGCAGAGGCCGCACAAGUGUGAAUUCCCAGGCUGCGAGAAAACGUUCAUCACCUUCAGCGCUCUCUACUCACACAACCGCACUCACUUCAGAGAGACGGGCCAUUUCACCUGCACCUACCCGGGAUGUGCCAAGAUGUACGACAAGGCCUGUCGCCUCAAGAUCCAUUUGCGAAGUCACACCGGUGAGAGGCCUUUUGUUUGCGACUCCGAGGGCUGCGGCUGGUCCUUUACAAGUAUGUCCAAAUUGCUCCGUCACAAACGCAAACACGACGACGAUCGCCGCUUCGUCUGCACCGAAGAAGGCUGCGGGAAAUCGUUUACCCGAGCGGAGCACCUCAAAGGUCACACCAUCACGCAUCUCGGCACCAAGCCCUUCCAGUGCCACGCAGAAGGUUGUCAUGCAAAAUUUUCAGCUCGCAGCAGCCUCUACAUCCACACCAAAAAACAUAAGGAGGACGCCGGCACCCUCAGGACUCGAUGUCCCGUGUCGAACUGCUCCAAGCACUUCUCCUCCCGCAGCACUCUUAAGAGUCACAUGCUGAGACAGCAUCAGCUCAGCCCUGAUGUUCUGAGCCAGAUGGAGAGCACGCCCACUCUGACCCCCAGCAGCGAGCUCAUUAGCCCCACUCCAGUAACAGUUCCCGGGUCGAGUCUUCCUGGAAGCGAGCAGCUGACUAACUUGGACCUGAGCUCACUUUUCUCGAACGUGUCGUCCGCGAGCACCAGCACGUCUCCUGCCAGCAUUGGUGUCGGUGGGAGCCACUCCAAUUCCAGCGGCACUUUCACGAUGGACCUCUCCCUGGUCACUUCAGGCAUCCUCGCGAUCGAACCGUCCGCAGUCGGCGCGGCUCUGGCCGUAUCGAACGGCACUGCGGCCAGGCCCGCGGACCCUCUCGGUAUUGAAAUGGGUCCUCGUCGCAGUUUGGGCGGCACGGCGGGGGGUGACGUUCUACCCCCUCAGGGCACCCUCAAUCUGGACGCCGUACAGAGUGUCACGCCGGAGGCCCUCGGCGCGCUCACGUCUCUCGCCGUCCGGGCUCCCGGUUCCCUUAGCGAGCAGCCGCUCGGCUCCUCCGGUGCCCUCGGGAUGGAAGCUGCGGCCUCCUUGGCGGUUGCCCCCGUUUCAGAACUGUUGGCCUCACCUACGAAGCCGGCGGAGGCGGGUGGCCACCGAGGGCUCGGGACUCUUAGUUGUGUCCAGAAUGGCGGCUCGGCAAGGACAGACUACAGAGCUAUUCAGCUGGCCAAGAGGAGGAAGCAGAUUUGCCCUUCGCUCUCUGGGGACUCUGGAGCAAGUCAGAGAAAAGCAAAAGGAGCCAAAUCCACUCCAUCCAGUGGCCGCUACGGUGAAGGAGGAGCCGCAGCGUCUUUUGGAGGCCUUCAUCUGCGCGACUCGAGUGCGCAGUUUGUCCAAAUUCAGCUACUCCAGGAUGAGCCGGGUAGCGAUGGAGAUCUAGCUUUUCAGCUCACCUCCCAGCCGUCCGCCUCUCACUCUCAGCUCACCGUUGACCUUCCAGUCAACAUUUUGCAGGAAACCACAGUAAGCACAGAAGAAAACAGUGGCUCUGAUGACUCGCAAUUCACUGAAAGCACAAUCAACCUUCAAGACCUAGAGUGACUGACUGGCUGACCGGCUGACCGACUGACUGAGCACACCAUUCCUUCCACGCCACUAUACAGUGUUUUCCUAAAAACGACAGCCAAGUUUGACUAGUAAUCUUUUCUAUAUCUGACUUGCGUCGACUGGGACCGUACCGAUCCAGCCAUUGGUUUCUCGCUGUCGUUCGUGUGGACAGGAAAGCUCAAGCUUCAUUGCGUAGCAGCACAGGGUGCCGCCAAAAGACUGACAUGGUGACAGUGGAAAGUGGCAAUUCAAAUUCUUUUUUUUUUUUCCAACCCAAGUGCAUUCAAAUAGAGCCCUGCAAACGCGGACGUUUUCUCGAUGUUUACAUCAUGGCGUCUUUGCCUUAGUUUUGCAAUGCUUUGCAUGUCACUUUGCUCUUUACAUUCUGUCUUACUCCUGACACCAUGCACAUUCUCCGAAUUUUCCACAACUUGCGUUUUCGGAUAUGUGAACUUACAUGAGGCAGUAGUAAGAUCAUGUGUGUGAAAAUGUAUUGGCAUGUGUUAAGGUUCUGUAGACUAUGUUGAUUUGGCGUCUCUUGAGCUAUUAUUCAAUGGCACAGACUAAUAAAACAAUCCGAAGCAUUGUU